CAGGAGGAUGUGGUUUCAAUUGAAUAUGUACAUUAUAUGUGUGAUCCAAGUACUAUUUCAUUCCUUCCCUGGCAUGAGAACCUAAGCCUAUAAUGAGCAUCCGAGGCUUCGACUCGAAAGAGGCUUAACAAGCUUCAAGAAGCCUUCCGUCCCUCACUUAUUGAUAAAUCAAUACGUACCCCACUGUCCAAUGUAAGAUAUUUCAAAGUGGUCUACCAACUCCUUCUUCGUCAACACCAUACUUCCACAACCUCAACUCUUUCACCUCCGUGAGCAGCUCCUCCCGCCUUUGUGUAUCACUUGACCCCUACUCCCGUGCAGCAUGCAUCAUCCAACCCGACAGGCUAGCUGGAACAUACUCCAAUACAUCUUGUAACACCAGUCCUAUAGUCGAGGCGAGUUAGGCGGGUGUGACUCAAUUGAAUUAGUCCUCGUCUAAUAGUGAUGCUUCAAGCUACAGCAGCCACAAUGACACGAGGCUUUGGUUUACCUGCCGAAUAAAUUUGAGCGACUAUUCCAAACAUAACAAAAGUGUCUUUGCAUUGUCCUUAACUGACUAAGUUUGGUCACUUGCUUUUUGCUCAUCGAAAAGAUCAGGCUGUGACGCGUGUCUUCGCAUCCUGUGGAUAGAAAGCUUGAUUGAGGUCCGAGUCAGCCUUGCAUUGCGAUUAGAGAAAGUCAAAAGUGCAAAGAGUCGCUUGAGGGCUGCGAAUAAACCUAACAGAGAAUACUGUGUGCUAAGCUUAGAGGAUAGGAUAUAACUUUCCUUCUGAAAGGAAGUUUGCAGUUUGCGUCACUCCUUGGAUUGGGGCAAGAUGCGGAGCAUAAGGUAACAAAGCGAACAACACCAAGCUCUUGAAUAGAUUCCUAUCCGGCCAAUUAUGAAAUAUGAGAAGGAAAUCUCUAUCACCUCCUGGGCUAUACUAUGGAAAAUGAAAGACAGCUUAGAAGUACUGAAAAUAAGUCAGAGAGCGCCGUGCGCUGCAGGAAUAAUAAUUGGUCAAACAUCACUUGAAGUUGACGAAGGGACAAACAUUACUUCCGGCCGCAGUCUGGAGCUACGCUUGGCAUGACUUGAUCCUGAGAUUAAGAGUCCAAAUUCUCCCAACACCGCAGCGUGAGACAGCUCGAGACGCAAACAACGCACGUGAUAAAUCACAACACCAAUGAAGAUUCAGGCUCUGAACUCUUCCUGAUUGCUCACCGACGGAUGGAUGCCUCUCAAGCCGUACGCCUCAUCACUUCUCUGAUCCCGGCUCAAGCUCAAGCGGUACAACACAGAGUCCUGGAAAUCUGCUUGCCGAGUAGCAAAGCAACACAGCAGGCGGCAGGGGCACAAGCCAGAGCAGCUGAUAGGAUAUUCAGGGACUGGGGAAAAGCCAGCGGUUGCCAACCGAAGCCGCGAGGCACACACAGCGAUGCAUUGUACUGCAGCCGGGCACAUAGUUGGGCAGAAGAAGGAAUGCACCAGAAGAUAGAUGGGUAGUCGCGGGCAGCCUGACUCCGAGCAUGAGCAUGAGCAUGAAAACUGUAGGUGGUAGUUGGGAGCUGAAGCUGAAGCGGAAGCCGAAAGAGCUUUCUUUUGUUGGCUGUCCAAACGCACCUCAGACCACUGGUCCACAUUGCAAACAGAACAUGGGAAUGAAAACAACAAUCUAACAAUAAAAGAAGUGAGCAUAAGAGAAGAGAAUAACAGCAGGAUAACAUCAAGGUCCAUCUCCCAACCCUCGAUGAAGUCAAUUUACAGGCUAGGGCUACUUUAGGUUCGACCCACAGGCGCGUCACCCUCGCAGAUCCGCUGAAAAACACGCGACACCAGCCUGUUGGCUCGGGAAAUUUCAGCUGAUCUCCAGCCUUCAGGCUCAAGCUUCACUCUACCUCACUCCAGCCAAUUUAUCACCACCACACAAAAACAGUCGUUCAACAAUAUGACUACAAUGAGCCUCAUGGCGCAAUCGCCGCCUAUUCCGACCAUUAUGAAUUUCGUACAACGAUAUCGAGUUCUGCGAGACCACCAAGAUAGCAGUGAUGAGCUGAUCAAGGAUCUCAUGCUCUACGCCGAGGGAAUCGAAACACAAUACCGAGAAGAGAAUACUCGUUUGACACAAGAGUUGAAUGAUGCACAAUUGGAUUUGGAGGAUGCCAGGCGCUCCAGAAGAGACUUGCAACAGCAGUUGAAUCACGCACAACAACGCAUGGGACAGUUUAGCUUUGAUUGUGAUAAUAUGAGGGUACGAAGCAUCUGCGGAGGGGUCACGAUGCUUGCUGAUAUCUGCAGAAUCGAAAUCCGUACAUUAUGGUGUUGAUUGAUGGGGAUGGCAUGAUUUUCAACGAAACCCUAAUUCGACAAGGCAUCGAAGGCGGAAAACAAGCAGCAACUCUUCUACGAAAUACGAUUCUCGAUAACUGCCACGAUCUCACGGAUCAAAUCGAAGUUAUGGCUAAAGUUUGUGCGAAUAUUACUGGACUCUCCAAAGCUAUGCGACGAGAUGGAUCUCUAGACAAUCCGGAUGAUCUUAGGGAAUUUACGUUAGGAUUUACACAAGGAAAAGCUUCGUUUGAUUUCAUUGAUGUUGGACAUGGGAAGGAGAGGGCAGAUUCAAAAAUAAAAGAAUGUAUGCGCUGGCAUCUACGAAACCAUAAUUGCAAACAGAUUCUUCUUGGUAUUUCCCACGAUGCUGGAUAUGCGCCAUUUCUGGACGAGGUCGUAACAAAGGACGACCGAAGCAGAAUUACCAUAAUUGAAGGUCCACCCAUUGUCCGCGAACUCUCAGCAACCGGACUCCAAAUCCUGACACUCAACGACAUAUUUCGGGCCGAAAAACUGAUUGAUCGUUUGCCUACAAAUGAAGUCCCUUCAACCUGGGCAGGAGUUACAUCAAUCGCCCCUCCAGUUCCCACCCCGUCCCCAGUAUCAGUCAAAAGUGGCAGCACAACCACCAUCUCCCUCAAAAAGGCCACUCCCACACCCACCCACUCCAAGCCCGUCCCCAUCUGGGCGCCCACCCCCCGCGGUCUCGACCCCCCCAUAACAGUCAACGCCGCGGUCCUCGACCGCAUCAAGCGCCGCACCACAAACAACAAGUUAUGCAACAACCACUACCUGCGCGGGCCCUGCGCCAAGGGCGACGAGUGCUGCUUCGAGCACCAGUAUAAAGCCACCGAGGAGGAUCUGAAGGCCAUUGCGUACCUGACGAGGUUGAACCCCUGCCUGAAUGGUCAGGAUUGUGAGUUGGAGUUUUGUAUUUAUGGGCAUCAUUGUCCGAGUGUGUCGUUUCCGGGGGCGGGGAAGGAGCCUGUUUGUACGGCUUUUGGGUGUAGGUUCCAGAAGGAGGAUCAUCCGCCCAAUACGACGAUUAAGCAUCCAAGGAAGGAGAGGUGGGAAAAAGAGUAUCAGUAUUAGGGUGGGUUUGAGAAUUGGGGGAAGGGGAGGGGAGAUGGUCGUUGUAUGAUGUGGUGGGGGUAUAAUUGUUAUAAAACUAUUUGGCUGAUGGUAUUUUGGCUUUGGGAGAGGGGAUGGGAUGGACGAGAAUAUGUUGUGUCGGAAGGGAAGCAUAAUUUGUAUAAGGGCUGCAAUUCUUGUACGUUCAGAUAAUUGGCCUGGCUGUUUAUUGAACAGAGAGGAUGGAUAUAUCUAGCUGCUGGACAUGUAGUGAUCGAAGCUGUGAUCUUUAAGCCCUCAAAUAGUACGGCGACUUUGCGUUCCGCAUACUCUUUACUUCCACGCUUCGCUUAAUGGUUGACUAUUUAUUCUUCUAGAGAUUGUCACUCAUUCUAGUAAUCCGUCUCAGCUUCAUCUCUCUCUGCCCGAGCUCCCAUUUAUGAAUGCAAAGUGAAUCCUCUAGCAUUUAUCAUAAGCUACUCACCGCACCAUUCAUCUCAUCAUAUCAUAUCUCUAGUCCUCUAGUCACUACGACCCCUCCACCCAUCCCCCAUCUCCUCUCC